CCCCUGGAGGCGGGGCUUGGCUGCACCCAUGCGUGGUAGCGGAGUUAAAUGCUCUGAGCCGGCACUGCUUGGGCAGAGAAGUGACACCAUGGCCAGCAAGAAAGUCUGCAUUGUAGGCUCUGGCAACUGGGGCUCAGCCAUUGCCAAGAUUGUGGGCGCGAAUGCUGCCCAGCUAGCACACUUUGACGCCCGGGUGACCAUGUGGGUGUUUGAGGAAGAUGUUGGGGGCAGAAAGCUGACAGAGAUCAUCAACACUCAGCAUGAGAAUGUCAAAUACCUGCCAGGGCACAAGCUGCCCCCAAACGUGGUGGCUAUACCAGAUGUGGUCCAGGCUGCAGCAGAUGCUGACAUCCUCAUCUUUGUGGUGCCCCACCAGUUCAUCGGCAAGAUCUGCGACCAGCUCAAGGGCCACCUGAAGGCCAACGCCAUUGGCAUGUCUCUUAUUAAGGGGGUAGACGAGGGCCCCAAUGGGCUGAAGCUCAUCUCUGAAGUGAUUGGGGAACGCCUUGACAUCCCCAUGAGCGUGCUGAUGGGGGCCAACAUUGCCAACGAGGUGGCUGAUGAGAAGUUCUGUGAGACUACCAUUGGCUGCAAGGACCCAGUCCAAGGACAGCUUCUGAAAGAGCUCAUGCAGACACCCAAUUUCCGUAUCACAGUGGUACAAGAGGUUGACACAGUAGAGAUCUGUGGGGCCUUAAAGAAUAUAGUGGCUGUUGGGGCUGGCUUCUGUGAUGGGCUAGGCUUUGGAGACAACACCAAGGCAGCAGUGAUCCGGCUGGGGCUCAUGGAGAUGAUUGCCUUUGCUAAGCUCUUCUGCCAAGGCCCAGUGUCAUCUGCCACCUUCUUGGAGAGUUGUGGCGUUGCUGACCUCAUCACUACCUGCUACGGAGGGCGGAACCGCAAGGUGGCUGAGGCCUUUGCUCGCACUGGAAAGUCCAUUGAACAGCUUGAGAAAGAGAUGCUGAAUGGGCAGAAGCUGCAGGGGCCCCAGACAGCCCGAGAGCUACACAGCAUCCUCCAGCAUAAGGGCCUGGUUGACAAGUUCCCCCUGUUCAUGGCUGUCUACAAGGUAUGCUAUGAGGGCCAGCCAGUGGGUGAAUUUAUCCGCUGCCUGCAGAAUCAUCCAGAACACAUGUGAAUGGGGCGAAGACCCAGAACAGGCAGCUCCUUUUUCCCAUUUGACACAAGUAGAAGUUGGGGCACCUGGUUACCAGGAUCUCCAGGACUCCUCACCAAGCAGUUUUCUCAGCUUUUCACUGGAAGACAAAAGGCAGUGGGUCAGCUACGCACCUGGAGAUCCUAACUGCCUGAAGCCUAGAGCCUCUUGCCAGAAAUGGAGCUGCCCUGUCCUUCUGCAGAUGUGGAGCUUUCUCCUUGUCUUCUGGGAGGCACAGAAUCAAGUCUCAGUGCUGCCUGCUCUAGGAAUGUGUACGGGGGAGGGUGGGAGGAGAGUGUGUCAGGGCAAGGGCUGCCAGUUGUUGCCUCACACAGACCAGGAACCUGCCCCCAAGCCGAAUUAAGUGGCUAAAGAAGUACCUUAGCAUAGGAGGGAUGAGGCAAGGGCUGCCAGGGAGGGGUCUGGGUGUUUGAACUGAUAUAGGUGCCAUAGAUCCUUUGGCUGACCUCUGACACAGCAUCAACAGAUCUCGGUAUUUGUUAACAAAAUACAAAGAUCUCAAGCAACCCCUUUCUAGCUUCUCCUAGCAACAACUACAUCCUCAGAAACCUCUGGUCAUCCCUCUUCCCCCUCCCUUAGGCUGCCCUGGCACAAGAGUUGCUUCAUGCUGGCAUCUCUGGCCCUGGGACUUGCUACUAGCCCCAGGGACUUCCUGGGUCCUAGAUCUUUGCCAGCUCCUCCCCACCUUGUGUGACCUUUCCAAGCUUUCCCUCACUGGCCCUAACUGCCAGAACCCUCUUUGGGGAGCAGGAACUUAAAUCUGCUGACAGAGCUAUACCUUUUCAUAGCCAGCUCAGAUCACUGGGCUCUGGCUUUUUGUGACCUUUGUAUUUGCCCAGCCUCCCUGUCAAGAGCUCUAGCUGGGGGAGGUGUCAUCUGGGUCCCUCCUGCUGUUUAUCUCUCCAGAGAACAUCCCUGCCUCUACCCUCUCCUCCUCCUCCUCCUCCUCAAUCCUGUAGUUCUUUCUCAGCUGCCCCAGAGCAGCCAGGACAGCUAGCCAGCACGAGGCAUCUAGAAGCCUGGGGUCAGAUUGGCCCAAAGGCUAAACAAGGUUCCCAUGCUGGUGGGUUCUUGAUAUUCCAAAGCCAGCUCUCCUUCCUCCAGUGAAAGCCUCCUCAUGAGGCACUGACCAUAUCAGCACUUCAGUUGGGAAAUUCAAGGAGGAAGAAGAAAAUAAAAACCACCCUGUGCCCUGGGGUGAGGGAAGAACAGGAGGGGGAGGGAGAGGAGUAUGCUUUGCACUGGCCUUGUUCCAGGACUGGGUGGCUGCAGGGGAAUGUCACAGGUCAGCAGCAGUUCCCCUAGCUAUAAAUAGUCCCUGAGGGCUGAGAGGCUCCUGUGUCCAACAGUGGUCUCCGCUUCCUGUGUGGCAGCACCUGGCACAUUGUGAUUCUGGCCAGCUUCAUGUUAAUCCUCCCUUACUUCCCAACAAACUAGGGAGUCAGGCUCCUCUUGGCUCCUAAAAUUUGAGAAUUCAGACUUACCAAGUGUAGGGCACAGCUGCCUGUAUCAGGCCAGAAAAGUGCAGGCAGUCAUCCCAGGUCUGGCUGGGCCCACGUCUGGGUACUGUGUGAAUCCAGAGCUGCCCUUGAGGAGGUUAUGGUGCAGCAAAGACAGCUUCCAAUACCUUUGCCUACUUCUGUUCAGUCCAUAGUCAAUUGUGAAUCUGAGGUUUUCUAUCAGGCCACUUGACCACCCAAUAAAGCAUUGUUUUUUUCCAGAAA